GGACUUACGGCGCCAGUGUGAUGGCGCGAUGCAAGAAAACUCAAGAUGAGGAGUUCACAGGAGCGUUACGCUUAUGUUUGAGAUUAAAUACUUUUAUCCCAACUAGGUUAAGCUGCUGAGCAGACGUCUUUUUCUUUUUUCUUUUUUCUUUGCAGUCAUCUUUUUCAUCGAAGAGACCUCCCAUCAUUGUCUGUGAUAAAAAAACAAAGAAAGGCAAAAAACUGUCUAGCUUAGAGAGAAAUUUACUCAGCUGAAGACGAAGGGGAAGUGUUAUGCAUACGCAUGUCCCUUACAGAACAGGAAUAGGAAGUAUGAAGAAGACAGGAAAAAACACAAAUCCACUUCUCAAAGCAAAAGAACUGCUGCAAGCGUAAACCACAAAUGCUUGUGCACUUUCUAUGUAGGCUACGUGUGCAGGUGUUUCUGAAGGUGGCUGUAUGCUGCUCUUCUGCAGAAAGGGAGUUUUGAAGCUCUGCUGGUGUGAAAGAUGAGUGACUCACUGGAGAGGACUACAGACUGUCCUUUGCCGCUUCUCGCUGAGGAGUCCAGCGUGAACGAGGAGAAAGGGAAUGUAACAGGACCAAGUGAGUUACGUUGGGAAGAUGGAGGUCUGCCCAUGGAGCUCCAGAAAGGGAUGGAAACCCUACGAGUGAACAGAGAAUUGACUGAUGUGACACUGCGCGUUCAGGGUCAUGACUUUGCUUGCCAUAGAGCGAUUCUGGCGGCUGCAAGUCACUACUUCAGGGCAAUGUUUUGCAGCGGUCUCAAGGAGAGUCAUGAGGAACGUGUGGAAAUGAAAGGGUUGGACAGCGGGACAAUGCACUGUCUCUUGGAGUAUACCUACACCAGCCGAGCUCUCCUCACACACUCGAAUGUCCAGAGAAUACUCGAGGCUGCCAGUCAGUUUCAGUUCCUGCGUGUGGUAGAUGCGUGCUCUAGCUUUCUCAGCAAGUCUAUGCAGCUAGACACCUGUAUUGGCAUCCUAAAUCUGGCUGACAGACAUGCCCUGUCAGCCCUGCGCUCCAGAGCUCAGGACUAUAUUACUACUCAAUUCUCUCAAGUGGUCCAGCAGCAGGACUUCCUGGAGCUGCCAAUGGAAUCUCUGGAGACUGUCCUGCAGAGGGAUGACCUGGAUGUGAAGUGUGAGGAGUGUGUUUUUGAAGCACUCAUGCACUGGGUGAGAGCCCGGCAGGAUGAACGCUAUCCCUUACUGGCCAGGUUGCUUACGCACGUACGAUUGCCGCUGCUGGAGCCGGCAUACUUUGUUGAGAAAGUGGAGUCAGAUGAGCUGAUACGACGGUGCAGCGAGGCUUUUCCUUUGUUGCAAGAGGCCCGCAUUUAUCAUCUCUCUGGCAGGGAGGUGGUCUCAGAACGAACCAAACCACGUGUGCAGCACUUUCUGUCAGAAGUAUUCUUGAUCAUUGGAGGCUGCACCAAAGACGAACGCUUCAUUUCCACUGUCACAUGUUUGGACCCUCUCAGACGCAGCCGACUGGAGGUCGCCAGGAUGCCAUUGACAGAAUUAGAGGAUGAGUCCCAAAAUAGAAAAUGGGUGGAAUUUGCUUGUAUCACUUUCCACAAUGAAGUAUACAUAUCUGGAGGUAAGGAGACACAGCAUGAUGUCUGGAAAUACAAUGGUGCCCUGGACAAGUGGAUCCAAAUCGAGCCCCUGUCGACUGGGCGCUGGAGACACAAGAUGGCAGUUCAUUGUGGGAAAGUGUACGCACUGGGAGGGUUUGAUGGAGUUCAGAGGCUUUCUAGUGUUGAGGCCUAUGAUCCUUUUCAUAAUCGCUGGAUGCAGGUGACACCUCUUGCAGUAGGUGUGAGCUCAUUUGCUGCUGCAAGCUUUGACAGAUGGAUCUAUGUGAUUGGUGGUGGGCCGAAUGGAAAGCUGGCCACCGAUAAGGUCCAGUGCUGGGAGCCAGGGACAGGCGGCUGGGAACUGAAAGCACCCAUACCCAUUGAAACUAAAUGCACUAAUGCUGUUACUUUCAAGAACUGCAUCUAUGUAGUUGGCGGUGCCAUGCAUGCCAUGUACUGCUACUCUCCUCUAUCUGAUUCCUGGACCCUUGUGACUCGUCUGGGGGAGAGAGCAAGCUGUGCCAUCGCUGCUUGUAACAACAAACUUUUCAUCACUGGAGGAAGAGAUAACAAAAACCAAGUCAUCUCCACAGUGAUGUGCUGGGAUGUCGCCCGAGGGGUUUUGACAGAGGAAUGCGUUUUACCAAUGGGAGUCUCGCACCAUGGCAGUGUGACCCUCAUGAAGUCCUACACACAUAUACACAGAAUAACACCUGCCUCAGAGAGCCAGUGACACAGGCAUCGUGAACAGGACUUAUUUUGGUGCUAAGAGUGGUUGUAGGAUUGUGCAUGAACAGUAAAAACAUGUUCAAAGAUAAGAAAAAUGUUUUUUUCUGCAUGCAUUACAAUGUUUACUUUAUCUUUGUUACCGUUUUGUAACAAAUUAAUCACUAUGAUGUUUUUAGCAAACAUUGAGUUUGUAGUUAAGCUUUCUCAGAAAAGUGUGGAUUACAACAUUACAACAGGUCACAAUAAGUCUACAAACACAAAUACAAAAAUGAAACAUUUGCUAAAU